CUGGUAUGAUAUAGAGAAUUGGAAACUGGUUUCUCUCAUCCCGCAGGUACAAGGACGUCUUUUCCGUAUCUGAUCUGCCUACAGAGUACGCGAAUAUGUGCUCUCGACCUCUACCGACGAAUUGCAACCAUCCAUUCAGGUGGAAGGCUUACACACAUCCCAUCGUUCGCCCGCCACCGAGGGACCGGGAUUGGAUAAAACUCAUGAGUGGGCAGCUGCAUGAUGUGGAUCGCAGAAGUUUUUUUUUUCCUCCUCUUUGCCACAGAGCGUCUCUUGAGACUUUCUCCCCCUUCAUCUUAUUUCCCGCCUUUGGUCUGGCGCUGCAGGGACCUUCUCCCACGAUUGCCCGGCCUGAUGGGCACGCACUGCAUAGGGGGUUACACAAAACGCACGUCUGGAAGGGCGCUUAUGGCCCCCAGGCCUGUUGAAAAGUGCAGCGUCCUUUAUGAGCCUGGCGCCCGCCGGCAUGCGUUGGAGUCUGAUGUCCUUGGAGGUGUCAAGGCAUACGUUGCGCUACAUGGUGCCAAAGACCCAGCUGUCGUCUAUACUGCUACAGUCGUAGUACACAAGUACUUGCGAGGCUGCAGCGAGUGGCGUGAGGCCGUGUUAAUGGCUCAUUCGCCUAGUACAGGUAUUAGGUACCUUGCUGUCUGGUUUCCGAUAGGCCAGGUCCGGCGAUUGCUCCCAGAGGGCAGGAGCUAGCCCUGCUUCCGG